AUGGUCCCUCAUCAUGGAUAUUGGAGAGAUAAUAAAUAUACUGAUCAUUUUUGGAAAUGUCCAUACUCUCCAGCUUGUUUGGGAUCUCCAGACCUCAAUAAUAUUUCAUAUACAGGAAUCUGUAAAAAGGGCUAUAAAGGGAACAUGUGUCAAUCUUGUGAUUCUGGAUAUUCAAGACUCUAUAAAAAUGAAUGCCAAAAAUGUCCUGAUACUAACACUAACAUUAUAAGAAUGUUUGGAUUUAUCAUUAUUUUUAUUUUCAUCGCACUGUUAACUAUAAGGGCUUCCAAAAAUUCUAUUCUAGGGAUUUCAACCUUUACUUCAAUUUACAUCAAAAUAUUUUGGAAUUAUUUGCAUAUUAUGAUAAUCAUCACAACUUUCAAUUUAAACUGGCACGAGAAUUGAUGAAAUUGUUUUAUAUUGAAUUAA